UAAGCAUUUGUUUUCAGUUGGUAUAGGUCACUCUGCCGGCACUGCUCCGACCGUGCACCGGCAAUGCUCGGCGUAUCGUCUUAACACGGGAAAGCUCCGAACACAGGAACCAAGAUGGUGGUGUCUGUGAUGUUUUAUCCUCUGCUACAUUGCUUAGAGCUGUUUCUUGCAUCGGCAUUGAUAACACAGAUAGCUGUGUCUCUUGCUGCCGUUGUCGUUUCUAGCGUCACCAUCUACUACUGCAGACAACAGCUGGUCUACUGGCACCAGGAGAGAUCCGUAAAGGUGCGUGGAAGAUGGAAAAGUGAUGUUAGCAUUAAGUCAUCCAAGAAGCAGGGAGAUUCUGAUCACUCGGAAUCCUCUGAGAGCGAUGGAAACGACCCGUCAAUGCUGCGAAGAAUACGGGCCGGUCUAAGGAGUAGAUCACACGACCAUCUGAAGACGAGAGCAAGUCGCGAAGGGGCGGGUGAGAGGAGUUUAAAACUAUCACAGAAAGCACAGACGUCAAGAAAAGAGUCUCUUGACAAAGUGCGACCGAAGCUGACGAAGCAGGCGGGUGCUAUGCACCGUUCACACUGGGUAGCCAAGCCGCAACAAAGCCUCUCCUCCACUGGUGGGAGGGUUGACCUCAUUGAACUGGCAGGAAGACGUCGGAGUUCGGAGAGUGAUGCUGACCUACGGGGAGGGGUCACCGUUACGCCCCUUAUAGACGCACACCUUAGCCCAGAGUCAACUGUGUCCACUGAACUGACGGGUGCUCCCGAAACGAUGGGAAAGACCCUCAAACGAUCGCGAGCAACUGCCCGAAUGACCCUCAAGAAACAUCCCCGGUUUUCUUCAUCUGAGUCGUCGUCGUCGGCCUCUCCAUCGUCAUCCUCGGCCGAAUCAGAUGACCUUGUGCACGGUGAAACAGUUGAGAGCACACCCCACUCCAGAAGAGUCCCAUCUAUUCAGGUGGAGCCUAUAGUUGAGGAGAGGAUCGUCCCACCAGGUCGUCUCUGCCAAUCCCACCCGAAGAUAGUGGCCACAUCACCGGGAGAUACCACGAAGGAAACAGAGAUAUCAACGCUGGAGUUCUCACUCGUGAGCGUGGUAACGCAGCAUUAUGAUGACCACAGCCAAGCGUUUCGAGACGGGGACACUGCGAGCGGUCAACCCGUCCACCCAGCCAGUGAACCUCGGUAUCCAAAAGGGAAUGAUGAGACAGAGGACCAUGUAAAAACCGCAGGUAGAGAUAUUACUCGUGAUGGACAAUCCAACACCGCCGAGCAAACAGACUGUUCGCGGGAAGACAUACUUCUACUAGGCUCUGAAACCGCCGCAGAUUCUGCCGACGAACCCCCAAUUAUUGUCUGGGUGAGUCGAGCAUCUGGUGGCAGUCCGCAGAGACCAUUGAUUCUAGAAACCAAAGAAAUUGGUGACGACCUGGAAAGUCCUGUGGACCUUAGUUCCGGAACCGCAGACGCUGCAAACAACAGGGGUGGCAGGAGAAUGGAUAGCCUGGACAUACCUUCUGUUAUUUGCGGGGAGGUGUGCUUCCCACAGGUCAUGCUUUCUGGCACCAAAGAAUUUACACAAAUUACUGUUGACGAAGACCAAAGUCAUGGACAAACCGCUCCUGCCAGGAAAAUCUUAAAAAUCCGACCGAAGAGUCUUGAUAUUCCUCCAAUGCUGCCUGGUCCGUAUUUAGAGAGCGACACGCCGUCCCCGACGGCUGGGGAAGGGCACGGUGUCAAGAGGAAGCACAAUAGUGCAAAGUCAAUCCUAAAGAGGAGUGGCAGCAUUGAGAGGCCAGGCAGGAAAAAAUCAGUCACGUUCUCACCGGAUGUUUCACCUCGUGAGUUCGAGGUGGACCGGUUCUACCACGGAGACCGCGACCGAAGAGACUCACCCUCGAAACGACCUCGCGUAUUCCGCAACUUUAGCAUGGAUGUUCCGGACUCCAGCAUGUGGUCCGAGGAUGACGUAGCCCCGAAGAGCACAUGGUCCAAGGGGGACCCAGAGGAGGAUGAACACCCCGAUGUAUUUUCUCCCGGUGCAGAUUCUUCUAAACUCUCAAGAGCUGAGGGGUGGAUUCACCCAUCUCCCCUUGAGCCUCUUGAGGUGGAGGGAUCCGAUGCAAGAAUGGCAUUUGUGCCCGUCUCCGCACUGGAAUCUGACGAGACCGGACGGAAGAGUGCUAAGGAGCGUUUCCUCGAAGCUGGAGGUGCUAAAGCGGUUCUGUCGGUUCUGUGCACCCAGGAUUCAAGCGAUUCGAGUAAGUUUGCCUCGUCACCUGGAUGCAACAAAGACGUCCUGUCCAAUGAGGGAUCUGAGGAAGAUUCGAUGGAGACUAUGCCUGAUCUGGAUUCAGUGGUAUCACCUGAAAUCGACGAUGACUCCAUAACAGAUGACACCGUCCUGUUCGGAAAGGACGCAGCUACUGAAGAAACUGAGAAUCAAGUCAAAGACCAAACAGACGGCAAGGGUAUCAAGUCACGUUAUUUUGAGUAUGCGGAGGAUAGCGCCGAUCUACACACAUCUCGAUUAUUCGUACAGACAGUUCGAAGCUCACUGGAGUCGGAAUCGUCAGACGAGCAGGACAGAGUGCCCCAGCCAAAACUUACGGGAACACAAGAGGACAAUGUAGAUGAAGUCGAUGAAGAGGAUGAUCAAGCGACUAGUGCUAAAAGCCGGUUCCUGCAAUCUUGCCAAGAAGCCGAUGGAGAUGAGCAAUGUGGAUCACGAUUUGUGGUCUCGGUGGUGCGUCCGUACUCAACGAACGGUCACAAACCCGAAUCGCCACCUCAUGCCAACUCAAGAAACACCUCCAAGGUUGGUGGGUUUCACGAAGCCGAAGACGAGAAAACACUCGACGGUCAACAACUAACGAAUAUUCGGCAACAGAGGUCGUCCUCGCUUUUUGGCAGGUUCACUGUCUCGUUGGUCUCCGAGGAUGACCCAACGCUGGAUGAUAGUGUAACUGCAACUUACCACAGUGUCUCAUAUGCAACAUCGCCAAAAUGUUACAGCAGCUACAGUGAAAACACCGCCGUUGUGAUCGACAACGGUUCCGAGAUGUUGAAAGUGGGUUUUGCGGGAGACGAACAACCGAGGUAUGUAGUGCCGUCCGUGGUGGGUAGACACAUGGGUGAAGUCCAACCUGACACGGCGACAACAAAGAGGGCGGCUUUCAUCGGGUACGAUGCAACCAGAAGAGGAAGUCUGCUCUCAUUGGAAUAUCCCUCGUCAGGAGGACAAAUCCAGAACUGGAGCGACCUAGAGGCAAUAUGGGAGUACGCGUUUAGUUCUUUGAUGGACGUCUCGACGCAAGACCAUCCCGUUAUCAUCAGUGAAUACGCUUCCACAUCAAAGAAACAGAGAGAGAAGUAUCUGGAGAUUUUCUUCGAGAGACUUCAAGUGCCUUGCCUCUGUCUUGCCAACCAGGGUGCCUUAGCCUUGCAUGCUCAGGGUAAUACGUCAGGGAUCGUACUGACCAGCGGUGGAGGUUUGACUGAGGUGACGCCGGUACUUGAUGGAUGCACAUUGCAGUAUGCUGUCACAACGCUUGAGGUUGCCGGAAGAAACGUCACAAAUCACCUGGGUCAUUUGCUCCAAUCAAAAAGAGGCUACACUAUGACGUCAACGGCCCAGUUGGAAACCCUCCAGGUCAUCAAAGAAACAAUGGCUUACGUUUCUAUGGAUAUUAAUCGAGAAACUGAGAAUGUGAAAGACAAGGAUCCAUUGGAAUACAAAUUACCAGAUGGGAGCUCAAUGACCGUAGGACAUGAGGAGCUGUUUCAAUGCUCUGAGCCACUCUUCCAGCCUCACCUUGGUGGUAUACGCAAUCAGUCUGGUAUACACGAUAUGAUACAAGAUACACUCAAAAGGUGCGACCCAACAUUUCUUGCUGGCAUCAACAAGUCCAUUCUCCUUGCCGGAGGAAACACACAGCUUCAAGGCUUCGGAGAUCGUCUUCAGUUUGAGCUGGCCUCUGCCCAUCUCCCCUGGUCGGUAUCAAUGCCCGAAGAGCGUACUAACAGCGUCUGGAUAGGCGGGUCGGUCCUCGCUGCUCACGGCAACUUCUACCAGCGAUGCAUCACCCUGAAUGAAUACACCGAGCACGGGGCGAGCAUUGUGCACAGAAAAUGUUUCUAAGAAAUGAAACCAAAAACAACAUUAUUUCGAAAUUGACGAUUGUUUUAUUGUAGGGAAGGUUUCAUGUACACUAGAGAAUUGGCAAGGUAUUUAAAUGAUUCAACACAUGGUAACUUAUAGGCUACAAGCACAGACAGUCACCGCGAAUUUUCAAAAGAAAACAAAUGAUACGAUUAUAGACUUUAGAUUUAAGAUCUUUGCAAAACUGAAGAUUAAAGUUUUUGCAGACACUGGAUAUUAAUAUUUAUUGCAAGCUAUCCAUUCGCUAUAGCUAAAAAGUAAAACACUUAAGAGGUGAGCGAAAAACGAGCAAUAGUUGUACUUUAUAUUAUAAGUUUUACGCAAAAACAAACAAACAAACAAACAAACAAACAAACAAACAAACAAACAAACAAACAAACAAACAAACAAACAAACAAACAAACAAACAAACAAACAAACAACAACAAGAGUUUCUGACAUUUUGUCUCAGUUUAAGUGAAUCUUAGCUACAGAUUGUUCUGUAAUUGUGUUUUUAUAUUCUUUAUUCUGUUUAAUUAUUUUUCCAUU